UCGCCGCCAGGACCGCAGUCACUUCCUGCCCCCGUGCCCAUCCGGCUCCGGGGUCAGCGGCCGCCGCUCUGGCGGGACAGGGGCGAAUAAAGUUUAAUUCGGGGAGGGGGAAGCUGCCCGUCUUCUCCAGCAGAAACGAGCUGCUGGAUGUAGAAGGAAAGUAGAUCGUGCGCACAGAAAAUGCCUCUAAGGGACAAGUGUUGUCAGACUGACCACCAUCACCAUGGAUGCUGUGAACCAGUGAAUCUUUUGGAACCUGGUGAUCCUCCAUUAUUGCAGCAGCCUCUGCAAACAUCAAAAUCUGGUAUACAACAAAUCAUUGAGUGUUUUCGAUCAGGAACAAAACAACUUAAACAUAUCUUGUUAAAGGAUGUGGACACCAUUUUUGAGUGUAAAUUGUGCCGGAGUCUCUUCAGGGGGUUACCAAAUUUAAUUACUCAUAAAAAGUUCUAUUGUCCUCCAAGUCUUCAGAUGGAUGAUAACCUCCCAGAUACAAAAGAUAAGCAGAGUCAAGCCAUAAAUAACCUUCUUGAAGCAAUUUAUCCAAGGGUAGAUAAGCAAGAAUAUAUCAUUACAUUGGAACCUAUAGAAACUAAUCAAAAUGCUGUAUUUCAAUAUGUGUCAAGGACUGAUAGCCCAGAUGAGAACACAGAAAGUAUUCAUACCCCUGAUCAAGCUCCAGUACAGAUACAGGAACCCAGCACUGAGCAACCCAAGACUGUUUCAGCCCCUGCCCCAGUCCCAGCUGGGGAGGCUGUAGAAUUACCUCCUGCUGAUCCUGUUACAAACAAGGUGAUACCUACUCCUGAAGAGCAGCCACCAGCAGUAAAUCCUGACUUGGACUCUCUGGAUAAUUCUGAUUAUGGCCACCAGUUGAUUUGUUGCCUCUGUAGGAAGGAAUUUCAUUCAAGACGGAGUGUACGCCGGCACAUUCGAAAAGUACACAAAAAAAAGAUGGAAGAGCUAAAGAAGUACAUAGAAACAAAAAAGAAACUAAACCAGUGCUCUGCAAAAGGACGAAAUAAGAAUGUUCUCGUAACACUAGGUAGAAGUUGUCCCGUGUGUUAUAAAUCAUUUGCCACAAAAGCCAAUGUAAGGAGGCAUUUUGAUGAAGUUCAUAGAGGAUUAAGAAGGGAUUCCAUUACUCCUGAUAUAGCUACAAAGCCUGGGCAACCUUUGUUCUUGGAUACAGUUUCUGCUAAAAAAUCUUUUAAGACCAGAAAACAAAAGUCGUCUUCAAAGGCUGAAUACAAUUUAAGUGCAUGCAAAUGCCUUCUGUGCAAGAGAAAAUAUAGUUCACAAAUAAUGCUGAAAAGGCAUAUGCAAAUUGUUCACAAGAUAACUCUUUCUGGGAAGAACUCUAAAAGAGAGAAAGGACCCAACAAUGCUACCAAUGGCACAGAAAUAAAAGUCGAACCAGCAGAUUCUGUAGAACCUUCACCCCCUUCCAUUGCGCUUUCUCCGCAGAAUGAAUUAAAGGGAACAAAUCAUUCAAAUGAGAAAAAGAGCACACCGUCAGCACAGAAAAAUAAGGUUAAACAGGACCCUGAAAACCCUAAAUCAACUUCUAAAUCAACCACUAAAUCAACCUGCAAAUCAACCACUAAAUCAACCCCUAAAUCAACCAAUGCAUCUGCUGCAGGUGGCCAGCAAAAAACCAGGAAGCCAAAACUUUCAGCUGGCUUUGACUUCAAGCAGCUUUACUGUAAACUCUGUAAGCGCCAGUUUACUUCUAAACAGAAUUUAACAAAACACAUUGAAUUACACACAGAUGGAAAUAAUAUUUAUGUUAAAUACUACAGGUGUCCACUCUGCUCUUACGAAACGCGUCGCAAGCGUGAUGUGAUAAGACACAUAACUGUGGUUCAUAAAAAGUCGCCACGCUACCUUGGGAAAAUAACGGCAAGUUUAGAAAUAAGAGCAAUAAAGAAGCCAAUUGAUCUUGUUCUAAAUAAGGUGACAAAAAGAGGCUCUCAAAGGGAUGAAACAAAACAGAUUGGUUCGAAACAGGAUGUCACCUCUAAUUCUCCCAAUAAAAAGUAUGAAGGAGCUGAUGUUGGUAUUGAAGUAAAAGUAACAAAAAACUUUUCUCUGCACCGAUGCAAUAAAUGUGGGAAAGCAUUUGCCAGAAAAGCUUUCCUGGAACAUCAUAAGAAAACCCACAAAGCAAACGUAUCUCAUUCACCUGAAGAAAGUAAAACCAAAGGCAGAAGUACAAGAUCUAAAGCUGUUGUCUGAGAAUAGGAUUACCUAGAUUUCCAUUGGAAAUAAAAUUGUUGGCUGCUGAAGGUUCCUUCUUUUCAUGGUUGGAUAUAAAAAGGAACUUCCAUAACCACUGUUUAUUCUUUUAGAAAAGAAGACAUUAGGCUAUUAAUGUAAGUGCAUUUUAAAUCAUGUUCCUGAGUACCUGUAGAUUAAGAUUGGGAAAUUAAAAUGCAAACAUAGGGAUAGAAUAACUGUUUGUUUCUCUUUUUAUCCUUGUCUGUUCUUUAUCUGCUGUCUGUUCUGGAUAAGUGUGUAAUCUGCAUUUUGUAAUAUGUGAAGAUGAAGUUACUCCUAUAUUUAAGGUACGCUUUCUACUCACCAGCACACUGGAUAUGAGUUUUUAACUAAGAUGCUGUCUUGCAUCAUUGAUGGGGUGCAUUGGUUUGGCUCGUUUCACUUAGGCUAGCCAAAGACAAAUGUGGCUUCUUUAGCAGACCUUCAGAUUUAAUGUUGAGUCUUUUAAAAAGAGUUUUUAUUUGGAGUGAAUGUUAGAUACUUUACAGAAAACUUUUGGAUGAUCAAAACAUUUUGUAUAAAAUUUCUUUUUUUGUUUUUUUUGAAGUGAUUCUUUAAGUCUUCUAAUGCUAAGGCUUGAGGGGCUAGCUUUCAGGGACAUGAACUCCUAUUUACCAAUGAGGGAAUCUCACUGAUAUGGUUGCACCAGGCUUGCUGAUGUCUUAAUAUGCUGGCGUGUGUCUCAGAAUCACCUUUAAUUGUCUCUCAGCUGAGCUUGUUGGUCUUCCUGGUUAUAUUUAUGUUUGUCUUUAUUUUUAGAGUGGUUUCCGGUUUUAUGUUUUACGUGUCUUUUCUGUCUGAGAUGUUAGGCUUGAAGUCCUUGUAGUGCUUGGUUUCCUCAGUUUUGUAGGAGAAUAAAGAAAUCUGGCUUAGAUAGUUGAUGGUCAUUACCACCAUUUAUUUUUAGUUGGAUUCUCUUGGGAUGAACUUAAAUCUGCUGUGUGAAGGAUUUGUGUAACUGGUCAGGUACUUGAAGUGCUUAGAAAAUGAGGUCAGUUUUGAGUGGUGGCUGAAAGAACUGUGGGUAGGUGUUUUAAAUCAUUACCUUUUGCUGAAUAGUGAAAUACAACAGUUGAUUAGCCAAAGGUAGAGCAGUGUGUUGUUUGGAGUGUGAUGGGUAGAAAAGAACGGGCUUUCAAUGAUUUUAUUAACGGAGAAGCUGUGGUGUUUGUAUUAAUGAGGAGAAUUGCUGGCUGGGUAUAAAGGUUCUCUGCUUAUCAUGGAAAGGGCAUCAGAGGAGAAGCUUUAGUUCCCUUUUUAAGGGAGCUUGUUUCACAGUAUCCAUCAGUUACAGUCUUAAAGUAGUGAUUUCAUAGACACAAGGUGGAAUGUAAUUUGAAAAGCUAGUUGUUUGGGUUCAUUCAUCUCCUUGGGUAUUAAUCAAGAUACUGAUCAUUGUAAUGGAAAUGUUGCAUACUUGAAGUAAUAUCUCAAAUUAGGAAACAAUAUCAUUGAUUUUGGAAGAUUUAGUGGGAAAUGAAGAUCACCUGGGCCUUUGAUAGCACAUACACACCAAACACAUUUUUCUGUAAAACAGAUGAAUCUAUGUAUUGCUUCACUGCAUUGCCAGAACAGUAUUCUCACGGUUGUUUCAAAGUCUGGAUGGGUGAUGAGAACGUGCUUUUUCAUCUUGCUCUCAUAUUACUCUUCAGUAGUUUUUAUGGUGGUUUUGCCUCAGUUAUCGAUGGGAUUGAGGUUCUCUGUGUCAAUAAUCUACUGCACUAAAUUUGUUAGCAUCUGGUAAUACUGGUAUUUUUUGUUUUGAUGCUUUCCUGCUGUUUCAAUCUAAGGCAACUUGGAUGUACCUGGUUUGUGUUCUCAGCAUAAGCCUUUCCAGUGCUAGCUGCUUAAGCUCUCUUGGCUGAGCUGGAUUUACUCUUUCACAUUACUUAUGUGCUUUGAGCUUGAGAGUCAGCUCCUCCAUUAGAGGCAAAAGAGGCUGCGUUGGUGAUCUUCCACAGCUGUUGAUGUUAUCUGAAAGAGCUGAGUGGGCUUGGUGGCAGAGCAGAGACCGAAAAGCACAGUCCAGGGUUUGCAGCAGAUCUUAUGUGCUUACAUUUUUACAACAUGUGCUUACAUUUUUCACUCUGUUGCUCAGAUGUUUUCUUCUCCAGGAUGUUGUGGUUUUACAGUUCUCAGCUUGUGACUUUCUGCAGCAUACAAUGUGAUUGUUUGAAGUUACUGUCUUGUGGCAAGGCAGAUGGGGUGAGUCUUAGACUGAAAUAGAUGUGUAAAUUGUAAUCCGUUUCCUUCAUAACAUACAUCUAAACUUCAGCUGUUCCUCUCUCUUUCAAGAAACAGCUACCUAAGAAAGAACGGGCCUAAAAUGGAUGCAUCAUUCUUUAAAUCUGUAAAGCUGCAUAUUCCAUAAAAAAAAUACAUUCAUGAUAUUGACAGAUAAGAUCAAUAAUUUGUCUCAGGUAUAAGAGUGGUAAUAGCUUUCCAAAUUCAGUGAGACAUCACUUUGCUUGGUGUCAAACUGGUAGUAGAUCAGGUGGUGGCUGGGUAGACAAGGCUUAGGGUGGGGUGUCUGUGCUGUUUCAGAGUACUUGUUCCCAUUAGUGUAAGUGAGGAAAACAAGGUGCAUGACUUUGUUGACCUUGCUUAGAACUGAACAGAAUGGGACUUUGCUCUUUUUUAUUAAAUCUCUACAUAAAUAUUGCCAUUUGCUUCCUCAAGGAACACUUGGAUAUGCAAACAAAGUAGCCAUUGUAAAAAUGGUGUUUGACACUGUAAAGACUGAAGACUGAAGUUUUCUUAAGUGUCAAUAAAGUCCUGAAGCUUGGGCUGGAAUCAGUUCAGUUUUUGCAGGUCAUUGUUUUUGCAGUAUAACAACAUGCAAGCAUCUCAUAAAUUGUACUUCAUCUGGCACUUGCUAUUCUGAGUUACUGUUUAAUUAUCAUAUUUCAUGAUUUUAAUUACAGAAUUUGCUUUUCUGCUAUUCAAGGUGAUACUGGAGAUAUUCUACUUUGAAGAGUUAUUUUCAAAUUUUUUGUUUUUAGUAUGUUGUCUUUCAGUUUACAGUUACCUUAUCUGGGUGCAGUGGUAGGAUGUUUGCUUUUCUUGUUUUCUCUUUCUGUAAAUAUUAAGGUAAGUAACCGAUUGCAGCAGUGCAGGGUCAGGUACUCGCUUUUGUUUUGAAUGAGACUUUCAUAAAGAAAUUUUAUCUUGGUGAAAUGUACUGAGAAGCAUGGAGGAUACCUUUGAAACUGAGUGCCUGCACAGCUGUGGACUGACCCACAGAGGCUGGAAAUGACCAUCAAACUGUUAGCAUUCUUGGCUUCAAAACAAAACUGGUAACAGAUACUUCUGCAUCUUUGAAGAGCAGAAAAAAGCUGUUUUAGUAUCUUAGAGCUAAUUUUCUCAUCUUAGUUGUUUGCCUACUGCAAUAUAACGCAUGGCAAUAUAAUCUAAAAGUAGUAGAAUUCCUAAUAUAUUUUUAAACAUUUUUUGAGGGGUAAGGCUUAAUAUGUGAGUAAGGUUCUGUUAAAGAAGGAAAGGACAAAACUCACUUUGAUAGCUAUAUUAGCACAGCUACAAGAUAAUUUUAUUAUUCUUUCAUAAAAAACCUCUUCCCAUGUGGAAGGUGUUUGCUGUAAUUUUUGUUUCCAUUACUAACCUGUGUCAUUACCAGUAAAAAUUUUUAAUAUUUUCCUGUUUGGCUGUGGUUGAUAUGCAUAUCAUGUUAGCUUCUUUAAACCCCUACUUUUUAAAGGAGAAAUGUUUUUUUGUUUCUGCUUUGAAAGCCGCUUUAAAAACACUUGGCAUUUGAUAGUGUUGGUCAGUGGUUUUGGGUUUUUUUUUUUUUUCUGGAGGAUGAGGUGAUCCAAACUCCACUGAUUUGGGUGUUCAGAUUUUGGUUAUGGAGUCUUCUAGAGAAUGAUUUUGAAAAAGAAGAAGAGAUCCAGGCAGGAACGAUGUGGAUCCUCUUAUAUUUAUGCUUUUAAAAAUAGUUUAGAGAAACAACUGCCAGAAGUAAUAUUUCUCUCCCUGCACUAAACACCUGAUAAACGGCUCCAGAACCUCAGGCCCUGUCCAGCUCUAUUUUCUCACUAUUUCUGUGUGCCUGAAUUAGAAGUGAAGUAUUUAUUUUUCUCUGGUGUUGUUUUUGUUUGAUUUUUGUUGUUGUUGGGGUUUUUUUCCUUUCUUUUUCAUUUGCAGUUUGGUGUUCUUGGACUGUUUUCUCCUUAGUUGUUAAAUUGUUUUUUGGAGAGGUCGAAGGUAAUGUGUAAUUAAAUUCAAAUCUUUACCAAACAAAUACUGGUUUCUCUGCUCCAAGGGGGCUUGCUGCCUUUGGAGCUACAAUUUCUAACUUCGGAACAAAAAUGAAUGAGUCAAUAAAUAAAAUUAGUAAGAGUAACAAGAUAACUAUGGCAAGACUUGAGGCUUGUGCUUUUGUUUUGAGUUGCCUUAUACUAGGUGUGUGUGAGGGGAGCAGGGUAAUUUGUACCCCAUUCACUGCCUUAAACAAUUCUUGUCUUUGCCUUGGUAUAAAGAGUGAAAUGCUUUGGGCAAGUGUUUCAUGUGUGGACAGGAAGGGCAGUAGGGUUGUAGCUAUUAUUAGGCUGUGACUAUACACUGCCAUAAUGCCACAUCCUCUUCCCUGGACCAGGGAUACUUUGGAAGGGGAGUCAGAAGACCCUGAGCCUGGAAGAAAUCUUACUUUUGGAGUGGUGGAUGCAAGCAGAGCAGCAAAAAAAAAACUCUGUGGGGGCAGAUCAGGGCGGGCAGCUCAGAAUUGUGAAGAAGGUUUUUCAGAUUUGCACUGGCUUUUGUGGAAUGGAGCCUGAAUAUUGGUGGGGAGUCAGUGCCAAGGAAACCCAACAAUGCCUGGAGCACACCUUGGUUUUUUUCUGGGAUGGAAGGGGUGAGCUGGGCAGUUGCCCUGCACUGCCUGAGCUGCUGCUGCUCUGACUUUCAGAGAAUGGAGUGCAAACCAGUGAUUUCAGUUUCAGCUGUUUCCAAAGCAGGCCUUUCCGAUGUUGCGUUUGCCCGUGUCCGCCUGCCGAGGCGUGCAGGGCUGAGCAGGCAGUGUGCCGCGAGAGAGCAGCAACGCAGCCUGGCAGCGGCACAGACACGGGCCAGGGCUGCAGCAUGGUCCCCCUGCAAGCAGUACAGCCUCUGCCUGUAAGCACUCUUAAAUCCUCUAAAUCCUUAGAAAAAGAGGUGGCCAUUCAAAAAGUGAGGACAGGUCACUAUGGAAAGGUUGGUCUUAGGUCUUUGACACAGGAAUGAGUCAUUAAUGUGAUAUCUGUAAGCAGUUCAUAGGUUGCCAUUUGAAAUUCUUGAAUGAUGUUUGUAAUGAUGAAGACUUGGGAUUUGCUUGAUUGCACUUGCUCUUUGUCCCCAGGGCUGUGAAAUAGUUGGGGACAAUGUACUGUAGUGGGGCUAGGUGUCAUCUACCAAGAUGCUCUUUUCAAAAUUAACACGUAAGCACAAACCCUGUGCAGCUCAACAGCACUUAAGCUCCUUUUUUUGUUAUUUAGUACCUUACUGAAUAUCAAGAGAGGAAUUGUACUUUCCUAAUGUCUUUCACCUCCUCUAAGCUUCAUUUAACUUACCUUUAUAUUUAAAAAACCAAAAUGCUGAACACAAAAUUAUCUCCACCUUUUAAAAUGCAGAAUGGUGCAUUUAUCUUGGGAAUGGUGGAAGACGUAUCGUAAAUAGAAAUUUCUGCACUGUUAGGUUAUUUAGCAUAUGUUAACAUGCUGUUUUCAGACCUUGAACCCUAUUCUAUUCCCAGAUUUAUUGUUUGGAAAGGAGAAACAUGGAUCAUGUCUACAGAUACAUACUAUCUCUUUUAUAAUUUUGGUAUAGAUGACCACUUAUUUUCAAGUUAACACAGCUUUGGCCAAAAGGAAGAGAGUAAUAAUAAUUGAAUAAUAAAUUUGAAUUGAAUAAUAAAUUGAAUAAUUGAAAAGCAGUCAGUAUGUUUUCCAAAUGAGCAUUUGUGUGGUUUUGGUGUACUAUUCUGUCUUGAGGUGGUGGUUGUUGUUACUGCUGUUUGUUUUUUGUUUUUUUUUUUACUUCUUCAAAAUGGAAAAUAUCUCAUAUUCUGACUAGUAACUGCAGGGAAUACAAUACUAUAUUGGUAGCUAUAAUGAGGCAUAUACAGGUCAGUAUACAGUAUAGUGACUGUUCUGUGUCUUGGAUGAUGGCUAAAAUCAGUAGUGCCACAUCAGAGCCCCUCUUUUUCAUAGCUUCUAAUUCUGCCUGUAAGGAAAUGUGUAUGUAUACUAACUAAACAUCUGCAGUGAGCUUGAUUAUUCUGAUUGUACACAGUCAAAUCAGACCUCUCCAGGACAUUAAUAAUUUAAUGUGUAGGUGCCAAUCUGUUGUCUGUGGACUCACUUACAUGUGCAAGCAUUCUGUUGCCCUUUGUGUCAGAUUUAUUGGAUUCACACAGUGCAUGGUUUAAUGUUUAUGUGAAAUGAUGAGCUUGCUGCAAAUGAGCUCUCUGCAGUGGUUUUAUCUGCAGUUGUGAACAUCCAGAAGUCUUGAAUGCCUAAACUGCAUGCCAGAGCUUAGCAUUGCAUGGUACUGUGAGAGUGCACCGAGUCAGUGAGGAGACUGCCUAGCUCACUGGUGUCAUGAUCACUCCAGGUCCCAGCUUCUCCUGUGCUGCUUCCUGUGGUGUUCCUGCUGUACCCCAGCUCUUUACCACCUGCAAUUAUUGCAAUAUCUUAGCCAGCUUCCUUGACCCUGUGACCCUUUCUGAGAAAAAGGAAAGAUGCGUUAUCUGCUAUUCCCAGGAAUGCUUUCCCUCUUUUGGCCUUUUGUAGAUGUCUGCUUGCAGACAGCCCCUUUCAAUCAGCUCCUAUCUAUUGCUCUUUAUAAGCUCGGAGGCGUGCAAGUAGCUCAAGUUUCAGCUCCAUAAAGAGUAUGCUCCAGGCCCAGAAGAAUUUUAGAUCAAUCCAUCUUCCUAUCCAUCCCCUCUUUGUCCCUGUACAGCUGUUGCAAUUACAGCAUACACCUGGAAACCAGAUACCUCUAACAGACAUCUGACAGCAUAGGAAGGUGUUUGAGUUGCAUCAAUGCUAGAUUAGUGUAUUGUUUUCUUACUGCAGUCUCUGUAUUCUUAAGGUGAGUAAAAUGCUACCAGUACCACCAUGAACUUUGAGUCCUUUCUGUUCACUUGGGAUUUGCAGAUCUUUCUGUUUUAGCUGAAAACAGCAGUUGAGUAGAUUUACCUAUGUUAUAGAUAAGUGGUGCCCUGAAAUUUUUAACAAAGAUGACACUAUUCCAUUAAAUUCUGUUUUGUCUGAAAAAAGAAUUGGUAUGAGAAUUGGCUCUUCUUUUAGGGCUGUUGUGAUUCUGGUGAGAUCAGUUGUAAUAUCAGUGAUGGCCAGAUAGAAUCAUUAGGGAGAACCUGUUAAUCCAACAUACAGACUAUUCUUGUCUGCAGUGGAGAUUAACGAUCAGGAUGCUUAAAACCUGCCAGAUUGACUGUCAUGUUUUCAUUGUCAGAUGAUCCACUAGAUCAGUCACUAUCCUUGGGGAACUCAGGUUUUUAUGAGGUUUUUAUGAUACCUGAGAAGCUCUGUUGUGUUAGCUUUCCCUCCAGUCACUCAGAGCAUGUGAGGCUGGUUUUAGCUGUGGUCUGUCAUGGAGCUACAGGCAGAAAAAUCCAUCCAAGGUGUUGUAGGAGUAUACUACAUGGUUAUUGGCGUGGUUCAUGUUUGCAUCUUUCAGCCAAAAUAGACUUCUAAGUAGAUCUGAUAUGUCAUAUGAUACCAGUGCUCAUGACAGGACCUUUGCCAGCAUGUCAAAGGACUUUGGGACCCCCGGAGACUUACUGACCUUGAAAUGGUUCAUAUCUCCCUUUUUGACUCUUCCUGAUCCUGUAUUAACUGCUGCAAGGGAAGACUUCAGAUACAUGCCAGCUUUUGUGUGGACAAAAGUAAGCCACUUAAGAUGCAUUGCAAUUUGUCAUAGGGCAAAAGGCCAGGUUAUAUGAGUAAGUUGAGACUUCCACCUCCAUCAGAUUGUGCUGGAAUAUGCAGAUAGCUUAUUAGAUACACUCAGACAGAACUGUGCUACUUUUAUGGCUUUUAAAUAAUGUUCUGGUGCUAGAAAUCUGUAUGAGGAGAUUAUAUGUUACAAGCCCAAAGUUACCCAAAGAUAGGAGGGUCAAAGAGGAUGAUAAUUUUGGCAGAGUUGUAGUCUUUUUUCAGAAAGAUGCCAAACAGUUACUUCCCGUGAGACAAAGCACUUCCUGUGAAGACCGAUAGAGGGAUAAGAUAGAUACUUAGCUAGAAAUGUCAAGAAUAAAGUUAGCUCCUUUUACAUAUGCCUUUUGCAAUCAUGAUAAUAAUGUAAGGGUUUUAGUUCAACUUAGAUUUAAACUUCUCCUUGAUUUUGUGCUUGAUAUUCAGUUUUGUCUUCAUACAUGUGUAAUUUAGAUUUAUAAGGGUGGAAAGGACCAUUAUGAUCAGGUAACCUGAACAGAGUCCAUGGACUUUUGCCUAAGCUUGUGCCUACAUUAAAGUUACUGGCUGACUUCCAACAAGUUACUGAAAAAGAUCUCCAGUUGUGAUUUUAAUAUUAACCUUCUCUUGCUCAUUCUCUCCUUCUCCCAUCCCCCUUUUGUUAUAUCCUCUGUUACCUGUCUCCUGCUCCUUUUGGCAAUUUCUAUCAUGCUUCGUGCAGAUGGAGCCCCUUUAUUUAAUUGCUUUCCUGUUAUUCUAAUAAAACCUGAAGACUUCUUUUUUCCAGUAAGGAAAAAGGAUUUUGUGUUAAUUAGCCUCUAUGCAUAUGGUUAGAGAAAAAAUACUAAUGUUUUUGUGUGGUGGGACAGUAGGAGUCUGGAAUCUAAUCUGUGCUGUAUGUCAAGGAUGUGUGAAGCUAUAUACCAUAAUUAAUUUCAACUUUCAUUUUUCAUAGCAGGAGCUAUGCUUUCAUUAUAACCCGAGAAAUGAGAAAUACUUUUUAAAAAUAGUGACCCAGCUUCAGAAGAAACUGUUUUUUGAUUUCUGAUCCAAUUAUCUGUUUGGUACCUAAUGUCCCUGCCUGCUGAAAUAAUAAAAAAAUUAAAUACUUUUAAAUUGUCACUUUUCUCCAUGGUAGCUACACAUGGAGUCUGAAAUCCUGCCUCUUGAACAUAUUUAAAGUUUUCUGAGCUGUGAUACUUGGGGAAAUAUCUUGACCACCUCUCCCCCCAUUUUAUAUUUCAAUGACACGCAUAUAGAGUGUCAGGACUCCUAAAGCUGGUCCUAAAUUCCCUAUCUAGUCAACAAAAAUGGGUGGCUUUGACAGCAUUUAGAGAAAUUAUCUUUUUCCCGAGUUUGGCCAUUUAAGUCAGGCACCUUUCCAGACAGGCAGCACAGCCAUGUGGAAUUGGGACAUAAUUUUACCAAGUGAAAAUAGAUGUUUAAUUGGAGAACAAGACUACUUUGUGUAAUGCACAGGAGUGGUGAUUGGACUUGAUAUUCUUUAUAUGUUAGGCAAAUAAGAGGCUUAUGUUUUCCUUGAAAUAAUUGUUCAGAGUCUCAGAAAAUAACCCCAAGUUUUUGAAGUUAUCUUUUCCCGUAAGUGGAAACCAGUAGGUAUUUCACAGGCAGGCUGGGUUUUUGAAGUGUGCUAAAGUUGCUUAUAAAUCCUAGAUCCUUAUUUUGUCACUUAAUUUACAUAACCACCAUAUGGCAACAGUCCAUCUACCACAUACUGGCUGUAACUAAUUUUAACAUUAUUAUUCAUCUUUUUUCCAGCAACAGAAGGAAUGAACUUCUGCCGUUUGGAAUCGUAUACAUUACCUAACGUGUAGUAAAUUGGUGUCUUUUUUCUUAGAUAAAAUGCAGUCUCAUCAUUGCAGAGCUGAAAACUGGAAAACAGAACACGCAGAACUGUAGAAUAGAACUAAUUCCUGAAUUGUUUCUGAGUCUUUAGAGAUAGUUUGUUUUGAUUAAGGUUUAGGGUUUCUCUGCUUACCCAUUGUUAAUGUGAUGGAGAUGAUCUGUUGAGUAAAGUGGUGCAACUUGGGAAUAGCUGUCUGAAUAGGUGGUUGAUAAUGGAGAAAAAUGACUGAAAGCAGGAGUUUUCAUGUUGAGCUGAAUAUUCUGUCUACCUCUUGGAAAGAGCAGAAGAGAGCUGGCCAAGGUCUAGAUUAGCUGACUGAUCUGUAGGAUGUAGUUGCUUAGCCAAAUCAUUAAGCCUUGAAAGGUAGCUAUUAAUCAUCCAUGAAGGCUUUUGUGUCCUCUCUAGAGCGCUGCUCAGGGGAAGCAGAGACGGCCGGGCACACGCACAGGGUACCAGCGAGGGGAGGCAGCUGCUGCGGACCAGGUGCAGCCUGUGUGCUGGUCUGGGGAAGAUGAGAAACAGGAAUACUGCAAGGCAUGGUUAUUUAACCUGUGAAAGAGGCCUGCUGGUCAUGAUGAAGAGAUUGCUUUUAAGGAUGCAGGAUGACGUCCUCUUUUUCUGAGAAAACUUAGGCAAGCUGAGAAUGAUGGGGGUGCAAGGAAGAUGUGGAGUCUGUCUUUACUCUGUGGCAAGGUCAGUUGACUUUUUUCAAGGAAGGUUUGUCUGACCUCUUCAGGCAGUUCAUACAUUUCAUUAUUUUUACCAACAGAAAAUUCUCUUGGCUUGGGUGGAAACCUUGCUGUUAAAAUCUAAGCCUGUUUCUUUCCUUUUCCUGGAUGAAUGUAGGAAACUAACUAUUCAGUCUCUCCCUGCAUCAGUGUUUUAUGUGCUUGAGGGCUGUUAGAAUGUCAUGUUUUAGUCUUAAAUUGUUUGGACUCAAAAACUCACUGUUCUGUGUUUCUUCCAGGGUCAUGUUUCCUGGAAGUGUUCUUGCAACUCUCCUAUGCAUUCCUUCCAGUUGGCCCACUUGAAUUUUUACUUAUUUAUUUUUGUAUUGUGAGAACAAGGCAGUAUCACAGCUGUGCCUUGCAGGGCAGAGAGCUUUUACAGAUUUUGCAUUCUGUAUUCUGGCUUAUGCAUAAUUCUGUUGGUACCUUAAGAAACCUGUUACAGCUUGAUGUUGACUUCUGUUUGACUUGUCUUUUAUAUCACUCAAGGUCCUUUUCUACACAACUGAUUUCUAAUUGGCUGUCUCCUGUUCUGUAUUUGUGUGGUUCAUUUACUCUUACAGUAUCUUCAACUUUGUCCCUGUUGUGGUGCAUUCUGUUUUUUUUCACAGACAUUAUUUCCUUUUUUCUGUCCACAGUAUUUUUUCCUUUGCAAUAGGUUCAUUUCCUUCUAGGUUCUUGCCAUCUGUAAAUUUAAUAUGCACUCUCUGAAUCAUGGAGUAAAUGCUGGAGUGUAUUGCAGCCAGGACAGACUCCUGGUGAACCCCAUGUGACACAUCCUUCUGUUCUGAUGCUUACUCAUGUAUGGCAAUGCUCUGGGAGAAAAUGCAAACCUAGAUUCCCAAUUUGAGAUUUUUUUGGCCAAUGUAUGUAAUUGUACAUUACAAUGUACAUUAAUUAUAUUAAUAUAAUAUAUUAAUUAUUAAUAAAUUAAUGUAUUACAUUAAUGACAUUCUCUCUACUUAAUUUUGGGAAAUAUGUGUACAGUAAUGACAUCUAAAAGAAUGCUGGAGUUGAAAACUGUGACUUGCUAUUGCCUGUUGUUCAGGUCUGUUUGCAGAGGAAAUAUUGGCUGAUAUACUGGAAGAAAAGGAAAGAAUGACUGUGAUGCUGUACUACCCCCCAACUAUAAUGUCCUUUUUGAGGUACAGAUUAUCUCAACUGGCAGCAGGCCCUGCAAAUGUAAAUGAAGACAAGCUUUAUGAUUAAAGAAAGGCAGUUGUAAUUCUUUUUUUGGUAUAAACAAAUUCCUUUUAAGUUUAAAAUCAGAGUUGUACCAACCACAACUGUCUUUACCUUACAGCAUUGGCCCAUUCUAACUUUUGUUUUUCAUGGGGAGAUCAGAGGCAUUAGAAACUACUUUUUAAGAAGCAUUUCUCAUUUCCAGGUGCUGAGGGUCAAGGAGGAGUUGAGCAUUUAUGUUGAGCAUUUAUCUUUUUUAUUUUUUUUAAAUACAAUUUUCCAAGAAAGACUACUUCUUUUGAUGUGUGAUGUGUAUUUUUUACCAUUUCCAAUUGCAGAGGAACAUUUUUCUCUGACUUUUGUCACUUGUCUUGGGUGUUCUCGUGUCACCUCAUGAGAGCAAUAGCUGUCUCAUUGCUCUGGGACUCAGCAUCACAAGAAUUGACUCAGUUUAGGAUGAUGGAGUUGCCUGGAUGAUGGGAAGGGAAGACCUUGUGUAGUUUUGUUACUCUAUUUUUUUCUUUUGCUACCAGCAAUGUCAUGAUUCCCAGCUUUCCUUUACCCUUCAUUUCACUUUUGACUGCUCUUUGCUUUUGCUCUUCAUUCUCUUUUGUUUGUUCUGUUUGGCACCUGUCUUCCCUGCAGGAGGACAUUUGGUGUGUGGGGAGGCAAGGAGGCCGGUUACCAGUCAAAAUAUCUUGUAUUUUUUCACUCCUUUCCUUCUUUCACACUUCCUGAUCCACUUCUGACAGCAGUGAAGUUUCCCAGUGUAAAAGCCUCCCUUCUUGCUCUCAUGGUGGGGACAGCACUAAGGGCAGUCAUCUUUCCAUCCCUGAUGGGACUCUGCAUCAGGCAGUCUUUUUUUAUAUUAUGUUGUAUUCUAACUAAAGUUAGACUGAAGUUGAUUUUAUUUUUUUUUUAAAUUUAAAACAAGACAAACUUUAUUUGAAUAAAAACUAGAAAAUUAAGUUUUUAAAUUGAGCAAACUUAGAACUCUUAAGAAAGGCAAACAGGAAAUUAAAAAAUCACCACAAUUUCUGAGCUUUUGGGUGAAUCCUUGCUUUAGCCAAUUCAGUAACUUUCUCAGUUAUGUCAAACUCUAUCCAGGCUCCUCAUACCUGGGAAGUUCUUUCUGUUCUUCCCUGAGCUGGCAUGGUGCUCCUUGGCAUGUUCUCUUUCCAUGCAAUGAUUUCAUUGCUUCAUCUUAAGCAUCUUGUAAUCACAAUAAACUACUCUCCAAAGAUGUUCUUUCCUCAUAAUUUCUGGCAGAUACUGUGUUUCCAAAAGAAAGUUACAAGAGCAUAGAAACAGUAAACAGAAAAUAACCUGUCCCACAGCAUUUGAGCCAGAGGGAUUGUCUUGAGCAUUGGUAAGUGCAUGGGGAAAGAGUAGAUGAGCAGGACAUGUAUGAUUACAGUUGUUUUGUUAGAAGGAAGCUCCUGAUAAAAUAAAUGUAAAGCAGGAUUCUGAGUGUCAUUACUCCUCUGGGAUUUUGGAAGAGGAACUUCACAGUUAAAUCAGAGUAUAAUUUUAUUGAAGUGUCCCUGGUGACUAUGAUGUCAUUAUUUCUUUUUGCCAGUGCCCACACUUAGCUGACCACUUUUCAUACAUUCAGGAAAAGACAGUCCCUGGCCUGAGAAAUUGCAGUCUAAGGCUGGAGAGAGGUGAAUACAUACAGGUUAGCUGUAUUUAUUGAAUUCCUAGUAAAUCAGGAAGAUGAUUGCUUAUCUGAUACUAAUGGAAAAAAUUUGCUUAUGAGUGAUGAUCUAAGAAGAGGGGUUUUUACCUAGAUUAAGAAAGAUUUCUUAUACUGUAAUAAAGUUUCACAAUUCGAUCUGUGUUUAUUAAUAGGUCUGCUUUCCUGAAACAUGAGUUAUGCAAAGAUUAGCAAUGUACAAAAAUGUAUAUCUUAAUCUGAAGCUCUGAGGUAAAACCAUUGUUUUAAAACCAUAUGGAUUUAAGAGGAACAAUUUAUCAGGCAGGUGUGAUAUUUAAAAAAAGAUAAGGUUGUGGUUACACUUGCGGAAAGAUUGACUGGUGGGGAGGAAAAGCAAUGUGCUGGUGAUCUGUAUAGGAAGGAGUCUUUUUUGUGAUGUCAGGUGUUCAGUGUGUUGAGAGCAAGGUGUGUGUUGAUUCUCUUUCCCUUUCAGUUCUCUGUACUUCAGGUUUUGGCUUGUCCUCUGCUCCUUCAGAGACAUUACUGAGUUGUGAACUGGAAUAAUUUUGCCCAUUGGGUCCUGUUCAGACAAGUUUCCUUAUAAUAUGAUUCAUUACUGUUUAAAAAAUUCUGCUAAUGUUUUUUUCUUUUUUAGCACUUGCAUAGAAAGGUUAGGUGGUCCAUGGUAUGGUAGGUGGUAUGGCUGUGCUUGCACAAUAUCUCGUGUGCACAUCAUCUCUUGUCUCCAGUGAGGGCUUCACUCUUCAGACCAUGGCCCUUUUCCUCCCUGUCAGACCUCUGGUAAGUGAUGCUCAUUCUUGCAUCAUGUAACAAGUAUUGGUUCUGCACAGCAGUGACUUGAGUGCUGCUUUUUUUCUUUUCCCAUGCUCAUAGGCUUAAACCCAGGAGCUGUGAGAACCUCCCACACAGUACAAGCUGCAGGACAUCCCUGCAGAAGUUCAGAAUUGAAUCCUGUGUUUGUAACUGAGCUGCAAGCAUGCCUUCUAGGAAAGUACAUCAUCUGAGAGGCUGCAAAAAAUUACUGAUUUACAGUAAUCCCAGUUUACUUAUUCCAAUGGGUAAUAAAUGUUCCCUUCAUUUUAAUUGGAAUUCCUUUGGCUAGUGAGUUUCAUGUUAGGUUUUGUUGUGCUUCUGUUGGUCUAAUAAGCUAAGAAAACAUCCAAGCCCUUGCUUUCAAACGGUGCUUUUAAGAAAUGUGACUCUGGAACCUUCUUGUGGUUUGUUUAUAACAUUUCUUGGCUUUCUAUAAAAUGCUGACAUUGGACUCAGGUUUCAAUAUCUGAAUUGCAAUCUCAGCUGACAGAAUGUAUGGAUUUUCAGAAAUUCUUUCCCCCAAAACAGAAUAUAAAGAGAAGACAUUGACAAUUUCUAUAGCUGUAGGCUCAAAAGUAAUCUUACAGAAAACUUGAGACAUUUCAUUACAGUUUGACUUUUAAUGGAUUAUUUUUAUUUAUUUUAUUAUUUAAUGGGUUAUUUUAUUUAUUUUAAUUUAUUUUUAAAAUUUUUAAUAUGAUGUGAUGCCAACCAAAGAUGCAAAAAAGCAUAGUAAAUUUAAAAACAAAUCAUGUAUAUUUAAAAACACAAGAGAAGUGUAAUGAAAAUCAAAACAUCUUCUUUUCUAAAAUUCUUUUCUUGCUUAAACUUCACUUUCCUCUGAGAAUGUUGAAUUUUCUGAUGAAGAGUAUCAGGAAAAAAACCCCAAUUAGCUCAUAUCAGUUGGGCACUGUACAAUUGUCCUACCUGUAACAGGUUCAUUCUUACGUACACAUCUGAAGAUCAUACUAUCCCUCAUAAUCACACAGUUAUGAGCUUUUUUUUCCAUUGGCUAUUUCCCUUAGACCAGAGCUCUUCUCUAAGUCAUUGAUUUACAGGAUACUGCUUUUCCAGAUCUGGAUGUUUGACGUGUAUUCUUUGUUUGAAUGAAACUAGCACUUCAAGCACCAAAGCCUCUGUGUGGAACUGACCCAUCCUUAUCGCUUCUGGCAUGCUGCUGGAGUUUGUACACUAGUUGCAGUGAUCCUUUUGUAUUCAGUUCAAUAAUAAAAGUAUUUCUUAUAGUGAGCUGUGAAUAGAAACUGUGUGCAACACCAUUUGAAAUACUUCUGUUUAGAAAUGCAUAAACCAAAUUUUCAGUUGAAAUCCAUUUUAUAUUCAAGAAUCUGCAAGUGGGUGAUGAACUAGAUACUCGUAUGGAGUUUUUUCAUCUUAUUUUUCUUAUCACCCUUAUAACUUGUUUUAAAACAGAAGCUACUUCACCAUGAUGUAAAAUAGUUUGUCAAAGCCUGUUAUGUCAGUAUAAUUUACUUUAUCGCCUAAACUUCUAAUCUCUUGCAGUAAUGGUAUUUGUGUGACAAAGCCUGUUUUGUAUAAUUCUCACUGAAUGACCUUAAUUAUGCUACCAUACUCAAGGCAAAUGGCAUCCCUAUCAGCCUUCCAUCAUUUUGUGAGCAAUCAAUACCAGUCUAUCCCUUUAGGUCAUCCCUCUUAACCUUCUUAAUAUCUAAUUAGCUUUUUGCUAUUUUUUUCUUCCUUCCACAUUAUACCAAUAUUUCUUAAAACUCAAUGUUAAUCUUCUCCCAGAUUUUCUUGUUUUUUGAAGAAACUCAUGGACAAGGCUCUUCUAGCUCCUGAGAAAUGCUAAGGCUGUCUGAACUACUCACACAUCCUAUUCUCAGAUGCUGGGAGGAUGUUUGAGCUGAAAUUGUGUUACACCUGGACAUACACAAUGGGGAAAGGUGUUCCAAGUGAAACUUUAUACCUGUUUAACUGUGUUUUGGAGAAACAGGUUAGACUGUAACCUCUGUAAAGUCUGAGUGGUCUCGGUGAGACCUUCCACGUUUUCCUCUCAUGUUUGAUGGCACGCGAUCAGCUGGACAGAAGGGUAAAGCAGCAUGAAAGGCAGUGUGUGGUAAGUUCCUGAGCAUAGCCCCAAGAUGGGAAACAAGAACUGUCCUGUGUCCCAGCCCACCCUGCCAUGCCUGUGCUGUGGGACUUUGUGCAGGUAACAAACUCGCUGCUUCUGGUUCUGAAAAACAAAGGAUUGCAUCUGUGCUUGUUUGUUAUAUUCCAAACAGCUGAAAAUUUUAUAAAUAAUUUUACAAUUUUGUGAAGAGUUUUACAGUUUAAAAAUUGUAAAAUUGUAUGUCUACCUCUUCAGUCUGGUUAGGCUUCUGAGCCACAGCCCACUACCUCAGCUAUGGUAGGAAAAUAGGGAAAACAUGUGGUCACUAAAUGUGUGCACAUACUUGGAGAACCUGGCUGAAGACUGUCUUUCACAACAAAGGCAUGAAGACAGUAAGGGAGAGGAAUUUGCUUUAGUUCCAGUUUUAAUAAACUUUUUCAUAAUUUGCAGCCUUGAAUUUGGUUUGACCCACUGCAGCAAGGACUUUUGCUGUGUUAAGUCAGGGUAUACUCACUGUCACCUGCAGUUUGAGACUGGUAAGAAGAUGACACUAAAAAGACAAGAGGUAGCUGAUGGCCCUGUUAGACUCCAGUACCAGAAUGGGUAUGUUAAUAUGUAAAAGCCAAACAUGUACAGCACAAAGUCAGCACAUGGCAGAAAUGUGCAGUGAUUUUCCAGUUUUUCUGACUGUUUUUGUAAGCCGUACAUAAUACAGCCUUCUUAAUCUCCUCUGGCCUAUGGAACUGGACUUGUGACUUGUUAAAGCCACAAGCAAGAAUGUCUGUUAAGUAAAACGAAUGCAUUUUAGUCAUAAGUAUCUGAAUUGAUCAUAGCACAAUUUAUUGCACAUGACAGAAAGUAUGAUUGACCAGGUAAAGAUUGUAUGCUGUGCUUUGGACUUCAGAAUGUGCAUAAAAUGUUGGUUUUACAACGCCCAGGAUUUAAAUGAUUAGAUCUUCAAAUGACCAGUAUUUCUGAAGCACAUGGGAUUAAAUUAUUAUUUUAGUAAACUGAUCCCCUUGAAGACAACAGAAAAAAAAAAGCCUUAGACUAGUAGGCCAAAUUCCUAUUGAUUUCCAGCUGGCAAGUUGAUAUCAUCUCCUUCUUCCUGCUUACAUAAUGCAGUCACUAAAAAAUAAUGUUGUGCUUUCUGUUUUGUGAUUGAAUUUGAUUUCUCUGAGAGUCUGUUGUAGCAAAUGUGUGCAAUAUCAGCAUUUGUGACAUAAAAAAAAAAUCCAAUUUUCUAUGUAUAAAAUUGGAAAUAAUUUCAUCUUUGACUUCACUACAUCAGUAAUACAUAUCUUUGAAAGAAAUGAGAGAUCCUUUUGAUACUUUGAGGGCAAUAGUAUGCAAAGCUAUCAUUGUCACACUCUAUUUCAACUUGUUUUAUCAUACUCUAGUCUUCCACAGCCCGUUUUGUAUCAGCUCUGGAAUUGUGUGUGUCAUCUGGCUUGGGAAUAUAUUUGCUGUGACUACACUUGCCAUAGGGUUUGCCAAGCUAAACAGAAAUUGGCAAAAGCCUUCUCCAUCCUGUGUCCAAAACAAACAGCCUGCUGUGGUAAGCACUUAGUCAUGUCAUUGUUUAGAUGUUUAUUUUGCUUACAAAUCUCAUUGGGUGGGCUUUCACUCUAAAACUAGUGGAUUUUCUCAGAAAGACCCAUGAACAGAUUGAUCUGUCCUUACAGCUGUAAACUAGUAUAUGGUCUGACUGACCUUAAGAAGAGAGUGAAAUUGGAGGCAGCCACAUCUAACUUUAUUCCCACUUCCCACAGACUUCACAAUGUGCAGCUUCAGAAGUAGGUCUGUGUUUUGGCAUGGAAUGUUUUCCAUAACAUUUUAUUAAUGUAGCAGAAUAUAUAGGUGAGCUUGUGUUUUCAACUGGUUGUCACUUCUAACUAAUUGGUAUUUACUGCUGCUGACAAUAUCUUCUCAGUGUACCAAAAUCCAAAAGCUUGGUAAAAGUUUGCUCUUCCUAAUGUGGGAUUUGGUUAUUAUAUAGGCUUAUUUCAGUUGCUAAAACUUUGUCACCUGUUUCCAUUUAAGAUGCUACAGUGUACCUGCUGGCUUCUUGCUGCCACUCUGGAGAGAAGGUCUCCCGUGUGGCCGGUGGUGAUCUCCCACCUGCACCUCCCUUGGACAGGACAAACAUUCCUAAACACCUUUUACAGUUGGAUAACUGGACUGAGCCCUUGGUGCCUUUUAUGCAAACAUCCUGCCCAACGGCUGCUUAACCUUGAAGGUUUCUAAAUGUCUUUGGAGAUCUUUUUCAACUCAUUCUGCGAUGCUGCCUCCCUACCUUCAGUGCAUCCCAAAAGUAGGCAGAAGAGCAUGCAAAAUCCCUUGAAAUGAGCCUGCCUGGCUCACUGCCAAAACUGUCUCCCAUAGUAUGUGUAAAAUGUGGACUUAUACUAGUAGCACUCAUCCAGGAGGCAGAGACAUGCAUGGGAUGCUCUCUUCCAACUGAGGGACUGGAGGUUCACAGCCCCUCUGCUGUAGCAAAGCACCGUAGUCAUGGGGCAGCUUGAAGUGUCCUGGUGAAGCCAAGAGGGUGUGUUUCAGCAGCCUCACAAGGAUUUAGCUGUGAAGAGGCAGGAUGCAAUGGAACAGGGAGAGUCUUCUCAGUAAAAGUGACCUAUCUCAAGUUAUGGGAGGAACUUGGGUAUCUGACUCUGAAUUUCAUUCUGGAAGUCAGCCUAAAAGAUAGGUGUUGGCACCUUUAAAUCUUUCACUGAAUCUAACCCAAAAAGGUAGGAAAAAUAUCAGAACUGUUCUAUACUUCUAAUGCUUUCAUACGUAUCUUUGCAAUUGUUCACCCUGUAAUGUUGAUGGGUAAAUAUCAGUGCUGACAGCUCUUGUGAUUUGGGCCAUAACUCUUGUGAAAUAUGUGACCACUUAUAAAGACCUGGAAGGUGGAUGAAAACCAGGAUGCACUUAGUUUCCAUUAAAAAAAUAAAAUAAAAAAAAUUUUUUCUUUACUUGGUAUAAAAACCUGGAGAAUUUGUCUUCAGUGGAAAGCUGAAGUUCAGAAGAUAAAUAUGACCCCAAGUGUAAUAAAUGACCAACAUUCCUAAUUUCAGCUAAUACAAUUCUGAGCCCUGACAUGACUUUUUGAUUGAAUUGUAGCUGCAGAACUGAACCUGGCAGAGUUAUAGAACAGUCUGCUGAACAUUAGAAGCAGUAAAUGGAUGGUGUGGGUAUCAGGCUGAUCAGGCUUGAAAACAAGAAAUCUCUCAGGUCAUUCCAGAAUAGAUCAAUUAUUCAUUCACCUGGCAUUACAGAUCACUUAAUCAUAUAUAAACUACUGUCUAGAAAACUUUUAAAUGAGGCUUUAUUGCCAACCUAAAAAGCCUGUUAACUUUUUCAACUCUAAGAGAAUAUUUCAGGGUGAUUUUUGCAAGGAGUCAACAUCCACAGAAAAGUUUUCUGCUUUCCCUACACUAUUUUACUUCAUUUUAAUUUAAUGCUUUUUUCUACUGAGUUAUAUAUAUUGUGUUAUAUGGCACAUGCAGGUACUGUGAUAUCAAAUACAAUGCAUCAGGAUGUAGUAGUCUUGUUAGUACCAAGUAUGUCCUCAAUAGCUACCAAUGACUGCAUAACUUUUAAAUUAAAAAAAUUGUUUAACCCCUCUAGUCUUUAUGCAAGCAAGUAGUACCAACUGAUUAAAACAUAUUUUAGCAAAGCCAUUUCUCAAAGCAAGGUUGUAAUGGAUGCAAAUGUAAUAACCUGGGGCUUAAGUUUUUAAUAAGUUUCAUGUGUUCUAAAUACUCAUUGAAGGCGGUGCUAUUUUGAAGCGAUGAUUGUUAAGAAAAAAAUCUUUAAGCAAACAUCAAAUGUAUGAGGGGAAAAAAUCUGAAUGUCUCUAUUAACUGUUCAUUUAAUCACAAAAUUAAAAUUUUCUCCACCGAGAAUGAGCUUUAAAAAUUACCUACAUUAACCAAAUUAACCUCUCUAGAGAAUUUAAAUUUAAUUGUAAAAGCAUAUUUUUAACUGGAAAAUACCUUAUUAAAUUACUUUUUUUUUGUUUUAGCAAAUGUGUAUAUGUUUUAGUCUUAAAUUCCUUUCAGUCAAUUAAACUCUUUUCAUGGCUGAUGUGACAACUUUAUAUAUUUCAGUUCAAAAGCAAAAGCAUUUCACUAUCCCAAAGAUGUGUGCUUGAGUCAAACGUUCUUCCACAAGGCUGCAGUUAUGAGUGUUAAGCAUUAAAAUCCUUUUUAUCCAACACGUAGUUCAUGGGAUACAGCUAGAUUGCACUGAGAAACCUGGACCCAAAUGGACCCUUUUCUGGAAAUCUGCUGAAGAAUAUGGAUGUCUUGUACACCAGCACAAGCUUGCUUCAAUUUCAGAUUCAUCUCUGGAAGGUGUUGUGCAAGAUUUUCAUGGUCCCUGUGGGCUUGCAGGAAGAAAAUCUCGUGCUGAAUCAGCGUAGAACCAUGCUUCCAAUUAAGUUUUGUGCUGGUAUUUCCUUUCCCCAGAGUGUGUGAGGCUGCAGAGCUCCUCGGUUUCAGCUAUGUGAGUACUAAUAUAUCUGUGCUGACAGUGAUCCAGAUGGGGCAGAGGCUGGGUUUAGGUGGAAGUGGCCAGAUAAGAUGCCCAGACUGGCACUGACACUUGGGGCUGUGUAGUCAGAGCGCACACACAGCCCAGCUGUGCAAUGGCAGCCCUGGUACCACUGAGACCGUGCUCCCUGCACUGAGAGGAUGGGUGUGCCCCAUGCAUGGUCCUGGGUGGUGUGAGACUAUGCUUUCCUCUUCGUUCCCAAGCUCCUUGAGGAGAGGCAGCCCUUGGACAUGAAGAGGCAGAGAAACCAAGGGUCAGAGCAGGAGCAUCUGAGCUGUCUGUUCCGAGGUUAUUGAAGGGGACAUUGAGGGCAAUGAGGUCUAGACUAAAGCUAAUCUCCUGAGACUCCCUCUGUAGUGAAUGGAGAGAGACUGUGACAUCUGUAAGUCAUUUACCACCUUUUUUAAGUCAUCUGUUUCAGGAUGAAGUGGUUGCUCUGGAGAGGACUGUUUCUCCUCCUGGUUUGAAAAAAAGCUUAGGGUUACUGUUACAUGCCUAAUCCAGUGGGGCAUGUGAAUCAUGGCUCCUGGACUUCCUGGAGGAUCACUGUCAAACUCUAAAACUUGUCACAGAUCAUGGUGCACUAUUCAGUUUAGUGAUAAAUAUAUUUAGUAUCUCAUCACCUGUGACCUGCAAACCCUAGCCUGAAAUCCACUGGUGUAACCAACACAUGGUAGUUAGAUGUUGUGAAACCAGUUAUUUUUAAAUAUGGACACGCUCAUUCAGUGUGUGCUAAAGCUAAUAAAGUUUAUUUUUGCUAAUUGCUUCAUGAGUUUAAAAUUUCAAACAAGAGUCUGUGCUAAGGUUUUAAAAGCACAGAAGCAAUAAAGAUACAUUAACAUGCUUAA